AUGGCUAACAACGUGACCGCUACCAGAGAAGCUACAAGGCGUACUCACACUUACAGUUUCCAUCGCGAAGGCUUGAUUCAGUUGGGGCAAUUGGGUGGAUUGAUCACUGGUCAUAAUAAAACUGUGUUCACUGAGAAUUACGGAAACAUCUUGACUCUUUUGGACUCACACGUCGACGAAUGGGGUUUAUCUACUCUUCUUCAGUUCUAUGAUCCUGACUUGCGUUGUUUCACCUUCUCAGGCUAUCAGUUGGCUCCCACUCUCGAGGAGUACUCUCACUUUCUCAAUAUCAAGGUUCAACACAAGGUUCCUUUCGUUUGUGUCCCAGAGAAACCGGAUUUGGACAACAUUGCCAACGCUCUUUAUUUGAGCAUAGAAGACGUCCUUGGGAAUUGGAAGAAGAAUGGUAACACCCAUGGUUUCUAUAUGAGUUUCUUGGUUGAGAAGGCUCAAGAGUUGGCUAACAAAAAGAUGUGGGAGGCUUUCAACGCCCUUCUGGCCGUUUUGAUCUAUGGGAUCGUGAUGUUCCCUAACAUUCACAAGUUCGUUGAUCUGGCCGCUAUAUGUCUUUUUGUGGAUAAGAAUCCGGUCCCUACUUUGCUAGCCGAUACGUACUAUUCUGUCCACUCUCGAUAUGGGAAAGGAGGAGCCAUAAGAAAUUGUUUGCCGUUGUUAUACACCUGGUUUAAGUCCCACCUACCUACAAGUGGUCCUUUCGUUACUUCUACUCAGAAAUGGCAUCAAAGGAUCAUGGGGCUUACUGGAAAUGACAUUGUCUGGUGUCCUACCGGGAUGGACGUAGAGAAGGGAACCGAUCUAAAAGGUUUAGAAAAAGUGGUGAGUGCCUGGAAUGACAUCCAUACAAGUAAUCAGAUUUCUCUGGGUGAAAAGAAUGCCGUUGCCAAACAAGCCUACACGGAUUGGGUUGAAAAUAGAGUUAAAGAUCGCUUGUUGCCUUUCCCGAAGGUUAACCCAUUGUACGAGCAACCACCUAAGAUUCCAAUUGCCACUGUGCCUGCUGAGAAAUGUACCCAGGUAGAUAUGGAAAACACCCAAUUGCACAAAAGGAGAUCGGAUGUACGACCAAAACAUUGUCUUAUGGACCAGAAAAGGGUUGAGUUGACACAUGAGGCCAAGGUGCUGAAAGAAGGAUCUUUGAGAGUUCAAAAGAGGGCUAGAACGGAAAAAGGGGUAGUUUUAGAGAAAAUCAUUGCUAGAUCCGCGUUCAGGAGAAAAAAACGAGUUGAUUGGUAUCAGUUUCGAAAAUUUCUGGAAAAAUGUCCGCCGCCGCCGCCGUGA